CACAAAUCUAAAUCUGUCUCCUCCACAGAAUACUCGGAUCCAAUUCCCGGUUUCCUUUUGUCAUGCUAAUUAUAUCUUACGUUGCGAAAUCGCCACACAAACUUCCCAAGACAAAACUUCAUUUAGGAUCAAGAUUACCAACUUCCCAUCGCAGCAGUGGUUUUAAUCAAAUUUUAGAGUUUAAUCAAAACUUAUUCAAGAGAGAAAUCAAGAGAGAGAGAGUCCCACAUACGAGAGAAGUUAGCAGCUCUUAGAUCAUGGCUUUAAGCAAAGCUAUGUAGGGAAAGAGACACAGAAAAAAUUAAGUUGGCAGGUUAUACAACACUAAGAACUUGCAGAAAUGGCGGCAGUUGCAACAACAAUUGGGUUCCAACUGAAAGACAAACAAUCAACUAUAUCAUCACCAUUUUUAGGAAGAAAGCUUGAAAUGAAAUACCCAUUUCAACCAAUGCAACAAAGGAUGAUCUCAAAUUUAAAAGUUUCAGUUGUGUGUGCAGGAACUGAAUUGGUAGUUGAUUUUGUGAACAAUCUUUUCCUUGGGGUUGGAGUUGGACUUCCUUGCACAGUUAUGGAGUGUGGUGAUAUUAUUUAUAGAAGUACUCUUCCAAGAUCUAAUGAACUUACUAUUACUGCUCCUGGUGUAAUUUUAGCUUUGGGUGCCCUUUCCUAUCUUUGGGCUACCCCUGGUGUUGCUCCUGGUUUCUGGGACAUGUUUGUUCUUGCUUUUGUUGAAAGACUUUUCAGACCCACUUUUAAGAAGGAUGACUUUAUGUUGGGUAAGAAGUUGGGUGAAGGUGCUUUUGGAGUGGUUUAUAGAGUUUCUUUGGCAGAGAAACCUGUGCUCAAGGAAGGUGAUCUAGUCUUGAAAAAGGCUACUGAAUAUGGUGCAGUAGAAAUUUGGAUGAAUGAGCGAGUUCGACGGGCUUGUGCAAGUAGUUGUGCAGAUUUCUUGUACGGCUUUCUUGAGAGUUCAUCAAAGAAAGGAGGUGAAUAUUGGCUUGUAUGGCGAUUUGAAGGGGAGGCGACGCUGCAAGAUCUCAUGCUAAGUAAAGAGUUCCCUUACAAUGUGGAAAAAAUGAUUCUUGGGAAAAUUCAAGAUGAGCCAAAAGGAUUAGUGAGGGAAAAUAGAAUCAUCCAAACUAUCAUGAGACAGCUUUUGUUCGCCCUAGAUGGACUCCAUUCAACAGGAAUUGUGCAUAGAGACAUCAAGCCACAAAAUAUUAUCUUCUCUGAAGGGUCUCGUACAUUCAAGAUCAUUGACCUCGGUGCAGCAGCAGAUUUGCGUGUUGGAAUCAAUUAUAUACCUAAAGAGUUUCUAUUAGACCCCAGGUAUGCUGCACCGGAGCAGUACAUAAUGAGCACGCAAACACCAUCUGCCCCAUCGGCUCCUGUAGCAACUGCAUUGUCUCCAGUCCUGUGGCAGAUGAAUCUACCUGAUCGAUUUGAUAUCUACAGUACAGGUCUCAUAUACUUGCAAAUGGCGUUCCCAUCAUUACGCACAGAUAGUGGCUUAAUACAAUUUAACCGUCAGCUAAAAAGAUGUGGAUAUGACUUAAUUGAGUGGAGAAAAACCGUGGAACCUCGAGCUAACACAGAGCUUCGGAAGGGAUUUGAGUUGCUGGAUUUAGAUGGUGGAAUAGGGUGGGAACUUCUGACAUCAAUGAUCCGUUAUAAAGCAAGGAAAAGAACGAGUGCUAAAGCUGCUUUAGCUCAUCCAUAUUUUGAUAAAGAAGGUCUGCUUGCACUGUCUGUCAUGCAGAAGUUGAGGUUGCAAUAUUUCCGCACUACGCAGCAAGACUAUAGUGAAGCUGCAAAGUGGGUAAUCGGCCUGAUGGCAAAAUCUGGAACAGAGAAGGACGGUGGUUUCACAGAAGCCCAGCUUCAGGAUUUUAAAGAAAUAGAGCCAAAAAAGAAGGGAAACCCACAAAGAAACGCUCUUGCAUCUGCUCUUCGGCUCCAGAGGAAGAUUGGUAGGACGUUGAACGAGAGCAUGGAUGAACUAAACCAACAAAGAAAAAGUUUAUGGUGGAGCAGAUGGAUCCCUAGAGAGGAGUAAGCAAUUUAUAAUGUUAAUUUUGUGUAGCAGAUUAAAGCUAAGAAGUUCACUGAUUAAAUUUUAUAUAAUAUCAAUGUAAAAAGGAGCUUUGUAUAUAUAAUUGACUAUACAUUUUUAUAGGCAAAAGCUAGCA